AGACUAGGUGUCGCUAUCACAAAUUUAAUAGACCGCGUCCUUAUAUUAUAUACCCAUUAAUCUCCUACUUUACUUCUCUGCUCUUAGAUCAAAUUUUGAUUUUGUUCCACACUCUAGAUUUCCCACACGUAACCCAUCUUCAACUGCAAAUCAUCAUAGUGGGAAGUGAAAUGGGUAUCUACCCUAUAUCUAUAGCGCGGCGCUCUCUCAACUUUCUCACACAAUAACAAUCCAAAGCUCUAGGGAAAGUGGGAAGCGCAAGAGAGAAUUAGAUCUUUUCUCAAAUAGAGCCACAGAAUGAAAAAACAGCAAUCCCCAAAUCAAUGCACAUAUGCGUGCAUGGCGUCUGCAGAAACCCAGAAGGGUUGUAUAACUUCACUUGCCCUAAAGGGAAACUUAGUCUAUGUGGGUUCUCAGAGUGGCGCCAUUCUCAUAUACGAGAAAGCCAUGGAUGGGUUUCUUGAGUUUGCUCAACUAGACUGUAAGGCCCCCGUAAAGGCACUUGCUAUUGGGGAAAACAGGCUCUUUGGGGGACUACAGGACACCAAGCUGAAAGUGUGGAGUCAUCAUUCGGACAAGAGUUUAAAACUAUUGACAAAACUCCCCACUGUACAGGACCGUAUUGUAAGGUCCAUUAAGCCUGGCAGCUUUGUGCAGACUCGACGCCAUCACAAGAGACUCUGGAUCAAACAUGCCGACGCUGUUAGCUGCCUAGCAUUUUGCUUGGAAGAUGACCUCUUGUAUUCUGGGUCGUGGGAUAAGACGGUGAAAGUAUGGAGGUUGUCUGAUUUCAAAUGCGUGGACUCCAUCCGCGCUCACGAGGACGCUGUGAAUGACAUUGCUUGUGCAAGGAAAGGAGGAAUUUUCUUCACUGCCUCUGCCGAUGGUACCGUUCGGGUGUGGAGGAGUGAUCACCGUGAUCAUCAUCGUCGUCAUAGUGAUCAUCGUGGUGAUCGUCGUCUUGUGGCCACUCUGGUUCAGUCUAAAGAAGACGCUGUGAAUUGCUUGGAGUUGAGCCCGGACGAGUCCAUCUUAUACAGUGGAACAUCAGCGGGCCGGAUCAACUACUGGAGUAUCGAUAAAAGUCUCCUAAAGUUUAACAAGGGGUCUUUUCUUGCUCACAAACGCUCCGUUCUUUGCCUCACAACCCUACAAAACUUUGUGUGCAGUGGAUCUGCGGAUUCCACCAUUCGGGUGUGGAGGAGAGGGGAGGGAAUUGCGCAUAGUUGUGUGGCAGUUUUGGAGGGUCACAGCGGUCCUGUGAAAUGCAUAACUGCUACCUUGCCGUCCGUUUCUCUGGACUCGUCAUCCAGCUUUUCCUCGUCGUCUUCUUCUUCUUUUUCCUCAUCUUCCUCGUCGGCUUUUGGGACUUGUUUUCAUUUGCCCAAUUAUCAUUUACUGUGUGGUGGAUUUGUUGUGUACAGUGGAAGCGUGGAUGGCACCCUGAAAAAGUGGUGGGUUGGUGAUAAUGAUUGUAAGGUCUGUGCUACUGCUCAAAGUGGCCGGCCGUUUUAAAAUUUCAGUAAAAAGAUUGCUUUUUUCAAACAGGCCUAUAAGUAUAGGUCGAUUGCACCAUUGUUCCUGUUCAGUAUACAUAUAUAAUGUUUGUACACAUUUCAAUGUGUCUAAUAUUUAUAGUAUAUAUAAUUAAUGGGGAACAGUAAAAAGUUAGUUAGUAAUGAAUGUUUAGUAUUUGUCAAUUAAAAUAUUUAUAUGGUGUCCUC